AUUACCAUCAGUAAAUUGCGGAAAGGAAAAAGAAAAAAUCCUGUUGUGCAGAUGCUUUUGUUUGAUUUUAAAACAAUUAUAUGGAAAUAAGAGUCGUGUGAGGGUUGGAAGAAGCGUUCUUCAGUUGUUGUGAUUGUAUGAUUUGUCAUAUUUAGCCCUCAAUUAUUGGAAGCAAAGAUGUAUAUUGAAGAUACAUAAAUUAUCCCGAUUGGACAAGUUUGGAGGGAAAAAAGCGUGAGCUAGCUACAGUAACUGUUGCACAGCAAAAGAUUUUCUCUUAAUAAUAGGAGCAGACAGAUAUGUAUGCUCAUCGCAUGUUCUGCUUGAUAUGUGUUUAUGUUACUAGCACAUAUCUAAGAUACGUACUUUUCACUGUUUUUAUCUCAUAGUUUUCAAAAUUUGAAGUGAGGGGUGACUAUAGAGGGAAUGGAUACAUAAUGUUGCUCCCAAAAAAUACAGUUAUGUUAUAUUUGCAAUAUCUUGUUUCUAUUGUAUUCAUUUUGUAGUUUUGUACUUGAAUGUUCCUUUUUCUUACCUUUACCUUAACGGAAUAUCUUUGAAGGUAUGGACUUAGCUAGUGAUUUGGUUAAGUACACCUAUGAAGACUUGAACUCUAUCACUGGGGGCUUCUGUACCGAAAACUUUAUUGGGUAUACCAAAUCUGGAAAGGUGUUCCGGGGAAAGAUUCAGCAAGUUUUGAAGACUCAAGUGGUUACUGUGAAAAUAUGGGUAGAUGCUGGGAGUUGGAUAACUAGUCCACAUCGUCAAGUAUCUAGAUGGGAAAAAGAAAUCAAGCUACGGACAGAUCCAGAUGUGAAAGGGCAUCCAAACAUGGUAAAGUUGAUUGGGUGCUGAAGUGAAAAUGGGCAGCCUGGUGUUGUGUAUGACUUAGAACCAAUUAAUUCUCUGUCCAACAUAGUUCUUCAAGGUGAUCUAACUAUCUAAUAUUCAUUAUUGGUUAAUGAUUAAUUAGCAUGCCAUUGUUUUGGUAGAUCUUGGUGAAUUUUUUCUUUGAUCAGCAGUAGAUCUUGGUGAAUUGACAUGCAUGACAGCACAAGUAAUAGGUUUUUCCCCUAUUUACCAAAAAAAAGAAAAGAAUAGAGUUGUCAGCUGAAAAUUUGUGUG